CGGAAGUGGUUCGGGGCGGGGCCAACUGGUUGGGUCUCUUCUGAGCAAGGUGUGAUUGUCAGGGAGUUACCUGUGUAGUGACGUGAGUGCAUGGACUGUAAGUCCGAAGAGAGUGCUCAGAGAGCAGAGUCACUGGUGUUGCAGGGACAAGAAGGUAUCCCGGGGGAUGGAGGUGAAGAUGGACUCUCUGAGAUCUUCCAGCUUCUGCAGAUGGAUGUGGAAUAUGAGCACCAAGAGGACGGGGCCUGCCCUGCCAACAGUGCGACAUGGUGCUCGAAAAAUGUGCAGAGAAAACAGAGACACUGGGAAAGGAUAGUCUCCUCGAAGAAAAGCAAAAGGAAGCAGGAAAAAGAAAGAAGAAAAGCCAAGCAUGCGGAAUGCCCAGGCACCUGCCCCCAGCACAGCAAACGUUUUUUGAAAGCCUUAACCAAAGAGAAGCUUUUGGAAGCCAAACACUCAGGACCAAGACUAUGUGUUGACUUAAGCAUGACCCACCAAAUGUCAAAGAAGGAAUUGAGUAGGUUGGCGGGACAGAUCCGAAGGUUGUAUGGUUCAAACAAAAAAGCCAGCAGGCCCUUUUGGAUCUGCCUCACAGGAUUCCCAACUGACAGUCCUCUCUAUGAAGAGUGUUUGCGGAUGAAUGAUGGAUUUUCUGCAUACUUGCUUGAUGUAACAGAAGAAGACUGUUUUAGUUUAUUUCCUCUGGAAACCCUUGUGUACCUGACUCCCGACUCAGAACAGGCCCUUGAAGACAUUGAUCAAAACAUGGUUUACAUCAUUGGUGGACUAGUAGAUGAAAGCAUUCAGAAGAAGGUGACAUUACAAAAAGCUCGAGAAUAUUCUGUGAAGACAGCCCGCUUGCCAAUCCAGGAAUACAUGGUCAGGCGCCAGAAUAAGAAAAACUACCAUUCAGAAAUACUGGCUAUCAACCAAGUGUUUGAUAUCCUGUCCACUUACUUUGAGACUCACAACUGGCCUGAAGCAUUGAAGAAAGGCGUUUCUCCAGGAAAAGGCUACAUUCUUCGGGAUUCAAUGGAAUGAAGGGCAGCCUCCAGCUGUAGUAGGUGAAACACCAGAGGUGUCUUGACCAAAGGACAAGGCAAAGGGUGGCAGUGACACACACUUGCCUUUACUUGCUACCAUGGAUUUUGAAAGCCAUUAAUGUCGAGGACCACAUUUUAUGUUUUGUGUCACCUACAUGCCUGGCUCACUGGAAAUACCCCGAUAAAACAAUGUUACGGUUUAAAAACAAAAAAGUUUAUAUAUUAAGGACUUGUCCAAAUACAUGGAUGGCAUUUUGGAUGUUAUGUUCUAUUUGUGAAAGAUGUUUGUCAGAGCUUUUCAUUGAACUUGCAUAAAAUUACUUUUCUCCACCUGUAAGUGUGCUGAUUCUU